AUGGGAGCCUGGUGGACCUGGCCUGAAAACUUCGAUGCUCCAUUGGUUUUUUACCUGACAGAAGAACAGGAGAAAGACAUAUUCGGCCCAGGGGAUGCAUUCCUCCCCUGCAUUGAGAAACACAGCCACACCCUCAUUCAGCUGGAGCCCUGGUUCACAGCCACAGGCCACACUCAAGUCACUGUGGUGGGUCCACCAAAGGCCAGGCAGUGGCUCAGGAACAUGGCUCAGUAUUUGGGGCACCAGGAUGCUCGUUGUCAAGCCCAAGGUUUGGAAAUGCUGCAGCAUGUCCGGAGCCAGCCCCUCACCAAGGAGGAUUUGGCCUUUUCUUUCAUUGCUUCCCUGAUACCAUGCUUCUGUUUUGGCAACCACGAUGAGUGA